UCUACUAAAACCAGUCUCGCUCUCUCUCUCUAAAAUCACAUUUCUCUUUCUCUCUCUACCAUCGAAGCAAAAAUCACAACAAUCUUUAGAGCCAAAACCCUCCGAGAGCCCUCUCUCGCCACUUCGGAACAGAGGCAAAAGAGAAGCUCUCCUCCAUGUCUGCCCUGGAGAUUGAAGCUCGAGAUGUUAUCAAGAUUGUGCUCCAGUUUUGCAAGGAGAACUCUCUUCAGCAAACAUUUCAGACAUUGCAGAGUGAAUGUCAGGUCUCCUUGAACACAGUUGACAGUUUAGAGACUUUUGUUGCUGACAUAAACAGUGGGAGAUGGGAUGCAAUACUUCCUCAAGUUUCUCAGCUUAAGCUACCUCGUAAAAAGCUCGAGGACUUGUAUGAACAGAUUGUCUUGGAGAUGAUAGAGCUUCGAGAGUUAGAUACUGCACGUGCUAUUUUGAGGCAAACUCAAGUGAUGGGUGUCAUGAAACAAGAACAACCUGAAAGAUAUUUGCGCCUUGAGCAUCUAUUAGUCCGGACUUACUUUGAUCCACAUGAGGCAUAUCAAGAGGCAUCCAAGGAAAAGCGUCGUGCACAAAUUGCACAAGCUUUGGCCGCUGAAGUUUCUGUUGUGCCCCCCUCUCGGCUGAUGGCGCUGAUUGGGCAGGCGCUGAAGUGGCAGCAACACCAAGGACUGUUGCCUCCUGGAACACAGUUUGACCUAUUCCGUGGAACAGCUGCAAUGAAACAAGAUGAAGAAGAAUUAUUCCCCACUACACUUGGUCAUACCAUAAAGUUCGGAAGUAAAAGUCAUCCUGAAUGUGCUCGGUUCUCACCAGAUGGGCAGAACCUUGUUUCUUGCUCAGUUGACGGAAUUAUUGAGGUCUGGGAUCACAUAAGCGGAAAGCUUAAGAAGGAUCUUCAAUAUCAGGCUGAUGAUUCAUUUAUGUUGCAUAAUGUUGCUGUCCUUUGUGUGGAUUUUAGUAGAGAUUCGGAGAUGUUGGCAUCUGGAUCACAGGAUGGGAAAAUUAAGGUUUGGCGCAUACGUACAGGACAAUGCCUGCGCCGUCUUGAGCGGGCACAUUCUCAAGGUGUCACAAGUCUUGUAUUCUCUCGAGAUGGAAGUCAGCUACUAAGUGCAUCCUUCGACAGCACAGCGCGUAUUCAUGGGCUCAAGUCUGGAAAGCUGUUGAAAGAAUUCCGUGGUCACUCAUCUUAUGUUAAUGAUGCUAUCCUUACAAGUGAUGGGAGUCGUGUAAUUACUGCUUCCAGUGAUUGUACUGUAAAAGUCUGGGACACGAAGACAACCGAGUGCUUACAGACAUUUAAACCUCCACCUCCUUUGAGGGGUGGCGAUGCAUCUGUAAACUCUGUCCAUGUCUUCCCAAAGAAUCCAGAUCAUAUUCUUGUAUGCAACAAGACAUCAUCGAUUUACCUUAUGACACUUCAAGGGCAGGUUGUAAAAAGUUUCUCUUCAGGUAAAAGAGAAGGCGGAGAUUUUGUUGCUGCUUGUGUUUCUCCAAAAGGAGAUUGGAUCUAUUGUGUUGGUGAAGACAGGAAUAUUUAUUGCUUCAGUUAUCAAUCGGGUAAACUUGAACAUCUUAUGAAGGCUCAUGAGAAAGAUGUUAUAGGCGUUACUCAUCAUCCCCACCGGAACCUGUUAGUGACAUACAGCGUCGAUUGCACCAUGAAAACAUGGAAGCCCUGAAGUCUUCUUGACUCUCUGGCCUUUCCGAUAUCUUUUGUUUUAUGCCCAUGAAGCAGGAAGCGUCAUCAGUUCAUUUAUACAAAUGUAAUCCCCCUGUUUCAUUAUCUCAAAGAGCCUGGAAAUUGUAUGGUUUCGAGAUUUUGACUUCUAAUGCACGUUGUGCAUUGCAUUCUC